AUGUCUUUCUCCAUGUGUCCCUGUGUCCUGGCCGAUGACUUUGGUUGUGUUGCGGGGCUCCGUCGGAGGGGGAAGGAGAGGAUCUGGCCAUCUGGGGGCCUGCAGGGAGCUACCGAGGAGGCUGGGAGGGCGGGCCGGCCGGCCGCUCUGCUAGGGGACGUCUCAGUGACCUUGCGUCCGCUCGACAGCUCCGACAACACCAUCAGGACCAGUGCCAGGUGGCCGUGCCAAGGCAGAGGGGGAGAGAGAGUGAAAGAGAAGGAGGGAUGGGGGUUACCAGGGAAAGCCUGGGAGAGGAGUCAGUGAUGUCGAGGAAAGGCAGGGCUGGCCUGCAGUUUUUGGGGAAAUGCUCUUUUUCAAUGUCAAUGUUGACUAUUUUUGUUUCCUUAGGCGUGCCGUUAAAACUCAGCUGGUGACUACUGUAUGCGUGAAUGUAGAGUUGAUUCAUGUCAUGAAGUUGUGGGGUUUUGAAUUUGGUUUCUAACUAAGUGAGCCUGAUGUACUACACGUUUGUAUGAUGUCUACUGGUGAACUUGUGUUUAGAAUACAGUCUGUGUACGACAGAGAAUGUGCCCAUUCAAGUUAUAGGAUUUGCUGUGUUUUGAAUUUGGUUAUUACCAUUCAGAUUAUAUGAUGGUCCAUUUCAUUGUACAUGACCCCAUCCCAUCAGCGUAAACGUUCCCCGCUGUGUUACUGUGGUUGGGUGUGUAGCUCUGUUAGUUAGUGUGUGCCCUGUCGAGGGGGUAAACCUGUGCCCCUCCUUGUCGCCUCAGCUCCUCGGUCCAGCUCCAAAGGCGGGAUGGCGUUGGGCCCCCAGCCGCCGCCCCCACCCUUGGAGACCGGGAGGGGACAGACUGGGGCGCCAGGGGCAGACAGGGCAGCUCCCCCGGGUAAGCAGCCACCCCCCUCCUUCCCCAACCCCCCUUCCUCCGUCCCCGCUUUCCCUCCAUCCAUCCCUCAUCACCUGUUUUCAUCUCCUGUGCAGUGCCCUAGCAUCUCCAGCAUCUAUGAAAGGAGGAGGAGGAGGAGGAGGGUAGGAGAGGAUAGAGGGAGAAUAAGUUUCAUCAUUGUCCGGCCGCAACAGAGCAGCGAGAGAGAGGCAGGCAGGAGAAGCAGGGGAACAUUGACAUUUUUAUCUUUCCAUUGAAUUUAAUCUGAGUGAUGGACGACCUGUCAUGGCUUUAAUUUUCCUCCUUCAAAUUAUCCCUCUCUGUCAGCUGGCCCCCUCUCUCUUUCUCAUACACACACGUGCACGCACCCACACAUUCAUACACACACACGCAGACACAUUGUCAAACCUUUUUAUUAUAAAAUCCACUAUGAGUACAAGUGAUUGAUUGAUGGAAGUGUAUGUAUUGCUUCUAGCAUACCCUACACAAUACAAUACUGUACGCUACAAUGAAGAUACUGCUAGUAUGUGGUUCAUAUCAGUAGGAAACACAAUUCCACACGGUCAUACCAUUUUUAGAAUGCUAGAAAGAAUCCCUCAUAGCUCAAACACAUUCAUAUUCAAACAAAGCAUUCAUGUAGACACAUUCCACGAUUUACACACACACACACACACACACACACACACACACACACACAAAAGAAUGCGGUCGGCUGAAUUACUUCUCCCCCUCGCUAGCCCAGUUAUGGAUCGCCCUCCAGUUAUUGCACACAGCAUUUCUCUGUGAAUGAUCGCGAGUCCCGGCUAAUAGUUAUUUAAUGACUGCAUUAAAUUGUGUUGUGCAGCUUUUGAUUGCAGUGUCAAUUUGUCAGCAUGGGUAAUGUCUCUGCAUUAAGGAUGCUCCACUUUUAUUUAGGGAAUUCAUUUAACGUCUCCAGCGGGGGUGCUGAGUCGCUUUGACAGCCACAGAGAGCGGGGGAGGGCCUGAGACACACAUAUACACACACACACACACACACACACACACACGCAUGCACAAACACACAUCAUUCGCAACUCUCCUCACCUGUCAACUCCUUUAAAGGUGGAUGGACUUUGUGGUAAGGACAAAUAGCUGUUGGCAAUGCAUAGUUGUAUAGAUGUAAGGAAGUGCUUUACUUGAUUGCUUUUUAUUUGUUAGUGAUGCAUAUGAAUGAACAUCUCUGUAAUUGUGCCAAAUUUUGACAAAAGUCACAUUUUCAUCUGCAGUCCCUUGGGUCUUAGUGAUGUGAUGGUGUGCUUACUUAGCAAAGCAAGAUCUGCUGUUGUGUAGUGUGUGAGCAUCAGACCUGGAUCCCCCUUGUCUCUCUGUAAGUUAUCCCAGGGAGGGAGGCCUGUCUGUGGUCAGUUCUGUGUACCCUUAUAAUGGUUAGGAUUUGGACAGGGGAAGCUGAUCCAGGAUCUGUGCCUAAGGGUAACCUCUGGGUCGAGGUCUGGGACUACUGUGUCUGCACAGAACAACCCCACUAACUGGGACUCGAGCUGGGGACUGGGGAAAGUGGGAGAAGAGGAAGAAAAAAACACAGGGAAGUCCUAUCAGAGAACAAGUGGAGCUUGGAGCGAGAUAGGGGGACAGAGGGAAAUAAGCUAGCUAUUGAGGAUUAAAGAGAGGGAGAAGAGAGGAAUGCGCAACAGUGAUAAAGAAAGAAAGAGAGAAAGAGAGAAAGAAAGAGAGCGAAUGCUAGAGGGGGUUAUGUAGCUAGUAGGAGCGGGGGCUCAGUCGAGCCCUUUAAACCAUUACCGCCUGGAUAUUUGUCAUAUUAUGUUAUUAGAUUAGCCAGGGCCUCUAAUGAAAGCAGUAGCAAUGUGUCAGCAUUAUGAACGACCUUAUCCGCCAACGCAAUUUAUCACCUAACCUGCCCUCCCUCGUCAGACCUAUACACCCCAGGGUGGGUGAGGGGAGGGGGGAGGGGUAGUAGGGAGGAGGGAGAGAGCUGGAUAUACCCUAAUGGCUUUCCAAUGCUAAACACAGCAGCGGCUGGUGUAUUUGUCAUUUCGGGAGUGAGUGUACCUACUUUCGCAGCAGCGGUCGACGCGCCGCAGGGAAUGGCAUUUCUCAGGCUUUCCUUUUGGAUUAUUUCCUCAGUAAUAUCUCUGUCCCCCCUGGGCCGACCUCUCAUGGUCGUUUAUCUUCCCGGAUGGGAUCAGAGCUGGAAUGUGUUCUGGUUGCUUCUUAGCUACAGAGGCCCUCGGAGCCUGUUGUUCUCCUACCUUCACUUAAUCAUCCUCUUCUAUCGGGUAUCUGUCCUGCUAGCUAGCCUACCUACACCACCUCCUGUCCUUUUGCUACCUCAACUUUAUAUCUCAAUCUCCAUCUUAGUUUCGGUCUAGAUACCGCCACAAUUAAAAUACUGUUCCACGAUUCUUCCCCCAACACAAGUGAAAUCAUGGGUGCUUUACCCGCAGUUUCAUUUCACUGAUGGUCUUGCCAUUUGAUUUCGGUUUUAUUCCUGUCUUUGAUAUCACAAUUGCUUUCUAGUUUAGGCGGGAAAUGCAGUAUCCUUCCUAGACUGUUUGUAAACCAACCAACUGAAACCGAGACAAACUCAAUUUACCUCAGAAGCCCCCUUCUUUUUAACACACCUUUUAGACAUUCCACUGCUAAAUGGCCGCCCUGUUCCUAAACCCUGCUUCUCUUCCUUCUCUCUCCCGUCAGCGGUGAGGAACGACCGGAACAAGAAGAAGAAGGAUGAAAAGAAGCCAGAGUGUACUGAGAGCUAUGUGCUGAGCACUGAGACGGAGCAGAUGAUCAACAGGGUCAGCAAGGCGCAUAAGGAGACCUUCCCUUCGCUCUGCCAGCUGGGCAAAUACACUACGGUGAGCACCACAAUACUUAGAGACAGAGGUGUGUGUGUUUCUGUAUGUAAAAUCUUACAGACAAACCAGGACAGUGCAUUCGCUCAUCUGUUGUUGUUGGUAUUUUAACUGAAUGAUUCUUCAAAGUGUUGUUUAAGUAUAGCUUCAGAACCAUGUUGAUGCUGCUACCUGUGAUUCUCAUAACCAGAGUACAUUCAUUUGAUUUAUAGUGUCAUUCAUGUUGUCUGUGUGGAGCCUUGAAUGCAGGGGCGCAACUUUGGUUUUAGAAGUGGGGGGCAUUUAAAGCUCAUUUCCUGCAUUUCUACACAAUCCAAUAUGACCCAUGGCCCUUCUAGCCGUCUCUAUUUAUAACAACAAAAAGUAAAUUAAAAAUUUCCCCAGUCAUCAAGCUAGGUAAGAGGUCAUUGUUAAAUAUGUUUAAGUGAUCAGACGGAACUAGAUCAAAGCUAAUUCAAUUAUCAAUAUUAUUGCACCUUUAACCAAUAGCUUAACAAAUGAACAAAUCUUUUAAAAUAAUUAAGUACAUAGACUUUUGAAUGUCAAAUUUCAGCCAGACCGCCCAGCCAACCCCAACCAGUCUAGUCAAUAACUCAACUCUUCCAACACAAUUUUUUUACUUUAUUUAUUUUUUAUUCCCAAGAGAAAGGUUUGAAAAUAAAGUUUUACAAACAUUUUAAAAUAAACGCACACCUACACAUAUACAUAUUUUAUUUCAGCUCAUGAAACAUGGGACCAACACUUUACAUAUUGCAUUUAUAUUUCUGUUCAGUAUAGUUUCAAUCUUUUGAAGCAUCUGGCUUGUCCAGUGUUUGCUGCACAGAGAGAAAUAAAGUGUUGUGUCUGCAAAAAUUCACCUCAGCUCCAUCACAAACUGGUCUUCCCUGGCUGCCUGACCCUGCUGAGGCAUGACAAAUAAUGACCUUGGUGUACAUUUAUUUAUACAUUUUAUUCUAUUAUUGGAUAAUAUAAUGGUUCAAUAAUUGAAAUGAACAUUAUUCCCAGAUCCCAGACUGUAGCUUUAAGCUUAAGCUGCUGUCCUUGAGCUACUGUAAGUUUACCUAUCAAUUAAAGAUGGAACUUUGUAUCAUUCACUGAUAUUGUUAAUAUACUGCAAAAUUCACCUGAGCUCCGUAGACUGGUCUUCCCUGGCUGUCUGACCCUGCUGGGACACCUGUCACCAUCUGAUCCUGCUAUGAAAUGAUGAUCAUAGUGUUGUGUACUGACGGUGCACCAUGACCGUGAAGCCUGUAGAGCUGUUUAUUACUGUCAGUGUGAAACGUAGGGAAUUAGCUAGGGAAAUUGACAAAUCAAUAAGAUUACAUUGCUAUACUGACUCUAAUAAAAACUCACAUUGCACAAAAUAAAGUAAAUUAUCGGUCUUCAAUCGUUUGGCCGCUGGUUUCAUCUCUCGAUUCAGGUCUAGUGUGAAUGAGGCAAAAUAAUACCUACUUUUGGCCAGCUCUCUCACUCUCUUUGUACAUCAACUGGCGAAAGCAAGCUAAGUUAAUUUACUUCUGUUGAAUCGGGACAAAAAUGCUACAAAACAUUUCCAUAUAAACAACAACUGUUAGAUAGCGAUAUGAGGUGGCUAUUAUUACUAUCUGAUACCGAUAGCUACAGGCUAGACUAGAGCUAAACUGGCUGUGGUAGCUACUAGCUAGCUAAUUCAUUCACCUCAGUCAAGAGUGGAUGAAAAAUGUGCUAACGUUACAUGUCAGUUACACGACUAGCUCAGCACUGGGGGGGUACUUGACUCAAUUCAGACAGAAAUGCAAUUUCAGAAUGUGGGGUGGUCAUGACCCCCCCAGUGAAAGUUGUGCCCCUGCUUGAAUGUAACACCAUUUUCAUCCAAUAAAGACUUGUUGUCUCUCUCUCAUUCACAGAGUAACAGCUCGGAGCGGCGUGUGGCUUUGGACGUGAACCUGUGGGACAAAUUCAGUGAGCUGUCCACCAAGUGUAUCAUCAAGACGGUGGAGUUUGCCAAGCAGCUGCCCGGCUUCACCACGCUCACCAUCGCUGACCAGAUCACCCUGCUCAAGGCCGCCUGUCUGGACAUACUGGUAAGGAUCGCUUUUGGUUAGCUCUACUAAUGGUGGUCUGGAACAAAUGCCUACACACCCUCUCGGAUCGCUCUUCAUGAUCAGAGUUGGUCGCUCACCAACCUUGGUCCUGGUCCAUCUGAGAGGGAGUACAGGUGUUUGUUCCAGCACUAAAACACCAUAUCACCAACGAAUCACCUUGUCAGUAGGAACUUGAUUAGUUGAAACGGAUGUAUGAGUGCUGGGGUGGUGUAAAAAUCUGUACACCAUCUCGUUUUUUCAGGCCCAGGAUUAGUGAGUGGUGACCACUGUUAUUAAAUAAGAUCUGUUCAUAGGAUUGUUGAAGUUACUACAGCUACUUAUCGAUUCAUACCCCGUGCUAUUGCAUGAUUGGCCUAUGCAUUUUAUUUUUGGCAUGCUCAACCAAUCCUGCACUCUGCUCCCUCAGAUUCUGCGGAUCUGCACGCGCUACACGCCGGAGCAGGACACCAUGACGUUCUCGGACGGCCUGACGCUAAACCGGACCCAGAUGCACAAUGCCGGCUUCGGACCACUCACCGACCUGGUGUUCGCCUUCGCCAACCAGCUCCUCCCCCUGGAGAUGGACGACGCCGAAACGGGGCUGCUCAGCGCCAUCUGUCUGCUGUGUGGAGGUACUGCGGCUGUUUGGAUUUAACCAAUACUAUUGCAUAUACACACACACCCAUACACACUCAGUGAUUGAAGCUGAUAAUGACAUUGUGCCCAAGUAGGGUAGGGGUUAAUCUGCCUCAUCUUCAUGUGGCUGUGAAGGUGUCGCUGUCUAAAACAAAUAGGAUUGGUCACAUCACUUCUCAUUAUAGGCAAUUGUCACUGUACCGUAUUCCAGCAUUCACAUAUUGGACAGGCUCAAAAUUAUACUGAACAAAAAUAUAAACGCAACAUGUAAACGGUUGGUCCCAUGUUUCAUGAGCUGAAAUAAAAGGUCCCCGAAAUUUUCCAUACACACAAAAAGCUUAUUUAUCUAACAUUUUGUGCACACAUUUGUUUAUAUCCCUGUUAGUGAGCAUUUCUCCUUUGCCAAGAUAAUCAAUCCACCUGAUAGGUGUGGCAUAUCAAGAAGCUGAUUAAACAGCAUGGUCAUUACACAGGUGCACCUUGUGCUGGGGACAAUAAAAGGCCACUCUAAAAUGUGCAGUUUUGUCACACAACAAAAUGCCACAGAUGUCUCAAGUUUUGAGGGAGCGUGCAAUUGGCAUGCUGACUGCAGGAAUGUCUACCAUAGCUGUUGCCAGAGAAUUGAAUGUUCAUUUCUCUACCAUAAGCCGCCUCCAAUGUCGUUUUAGAGAAUUUGGCCAGUACAUCCAACUGGCCUCACAACCGCAGACCACGUUAUGGCGUUGUGUGGGCGAGCGGUGUGCUGAUGUCAACGUUGCGAACAGAGGUGUGCCCUAUGGUGCCGGUGGGAUUAUGGUAUGGGCAGGCAUAAACUACGGACAACAAGCACAAUUGUAUUUUAUCGAUGGCAAUUUGAAUUAACAGAAAUACCGUGACAAGAUCCUGAGGCCCAUUUUUUAAAGGUAUAUGUGACCAACAGAUGCAUAUCGGUAUUCCCAAUCAUGUGAAAUCGAUAGAUGAGGGCAAAUUAAUUUUUCAAUUGACUGAUUUCCUCAUAUGAACUAUAACUCAGUAAAAUCUUUGAAAUUUUUGCAUGUUGCGUUUAUGUUUUUGUUCAGGAUAGAAACGUAGACUAGUGCUGUCUUGAGCACCAUCUAGUGGUUAAUAGUAAACAUAUAACAAUCUGUACUUAGAAAUUCUCAUUGACCUACCUGGAGAAAGUUCAGGAGGGUGCACACUCACUGCAGCGUUAAAGAACAUUCAGAUAAUGUAGCUAAUGUAGUAAUAUAGUGCAAAUAUGAUGGCUUGCCAUGUAGAAUACAGUUUUAGCGUGAGUUCUAUUUAUUACAUUUCACCUCACUGAACACACCCCUGUAUUGUGUUUGUGGCUAUGUGUAGAUCGGCAGGACCUGGAGCAGGCAGACAAGGUGGACGUACUACAGGAGCCCCUACUGGAGGCUCUGAAGAUCUACGUGAGGAAGAGGAGGCCUCACAAACCACACAUGUUUCCCAAGAUGCUGAUGAAGAUCACCGACCUGAGGAGCAUCAGCGCCAAAGGUGAGAGGCAGUCAGAGACAUCCAUCUACACCAUUGACCAUUUCUUACUUGUUCAAAGGUUGUCUGAAAUAGGGCUAAAUCAGGCAUCUUGCAAUUGGUUCAAUAACUGUCGGUAACGGACAGGACACAAUGUGUGCUUACUACCAGUAUCAAAUGUAGUUUCCUCAAUAUUACGAAAGGUGUGCCGCAGGGGUUGAUUUUGGGCCCUGUUCUCGUCACUGUUUAUAUCAAUAAUAUUGGUGUAUCUGUUAAAACCUGUAACAUUCAUCUCUACGUGGAUGGUACAGUUAUUACUGUUAUUUAGUCCUGUGCCCCCUCAGUACAGCAGGCCAUUCAUGACCUUCAACAUGGUUUGACUCAAUUCAAAAAGACCAAGAUCUUGAAACUAGUGCUAAAUGCUAAUAAAACCAAAUUGAUGUUGUUAUCUUGGUCUUUGCAUAUUUGCAUGUUCCCCAUUAUAAGUACUUGGGUAUUUGGAUUGUUGAUAAACUCUUUUAAAACAAACAUGGAAAAACUGACCAAAAAGCUGAGAAUUAAGAUUGGUUUCUUUUAUAGAAUUAAAUCCUGCUUCACUUUGAAAAGUAGAAGGAAGAUUGUUCAAUCAACGCUUCUUAUGGUGAUAUAAUCUACAUGCAUUCGGCAGCCUCUGUUUUUUAAAAACCUUUAGACUCAGUAUAUCACUCAGCACUGCGUUUUAUCACUGGGGACAAUUUUCGUUCACAUCACUGCAUUUUGUAUAGUUCUGUUGGCUGGGAGCCUCUGACUACCAGAAGGGCCCAGCAUUGGCUACUUUCUGUAUAUAAAGGAUUUAAUCCAGGCUCUUUCGCAGCCGGCCGUGACCGGGAGACUCAUGGGCGGCGCACAAUUUGCCCAGCGUCGUCCAGGGUAGGGGAGGGAAUGGCCGGCAGGGAUGUAGCUCAGUUGAUAGAGCAUGGCGUUUGCGACGCCAGGGUUGUGGGUUCGAUUCCCACGGGGGGGCCAGUAUGAAAAAUAAAAAAAUUAUGUAUGCACUCACUAACUGUAAAUCGCUCUGGAUAAGAGCGUCUGCUAAAUGACUAAAAUGUAAAAUGGUUCUUCAGAGACUCCCCCCCCCCCCCCCCCCUUACUCAGCUCAAGUAUUAAUUAGAGAUCCAGAAAAUUCAGACCCGCUCUCUGGACUGGCUGGUUCUGGUGGUACCGCGGAUCUCCACUGAGCUGGGGGAAAAUGCUUUUAUCCCCAGCUCGUGGAAUAGCCUUCAGGCCACAUUGAAGCUGGACUCGCUGGUCUCAAUUGGACAGUUUAGAUCAAUUUUGAGGAAGAUAAGGUGAUAGUUGUUUGUUGUGAUUAAUCUUGUUGUAUUUAUUGUAUUGAUGUUGCUAUUUUGCUUUAUGUUGUAUUGAAUUAUGUGUUCAUGUUCACAGGGCGCCCUUGAGAAUGAGACCCUGGUCUCAAUGGUGACUCCACUGUUUAAAAGAUUUACAAAAUACACAAAUAAAAUACACACAGUUGUGGAUUAGCCAUAUACAGUACUUCUGUUUCAAUAAGCCUUAUAUUAUAAUUGUCUACUAUAUAUAGUAGUUAAAGCUGCAAUAUUAAGCUUUUUGGGCGACCCCGACCAAAUUAACAUAGAAAUGGGAUUUAUAGAUUUGUCAUUCUUAUUGAAAGAAGUCUAAGAAGCAUAGAUCUGUUCUAUAUGCGCUAUUUAUAUGCUUCCCGUUCUUAAGUUUCGUUUUUGCGUCUUUUACUUUUGGUUUUGUAAACCAGCUUCAAACAGCUGAAAAGACAAUAUUUUUGGUAAUGGAAAAUAUAUUUCACAAUGGUUUAGAUGGUACAAUGAUUCUCUUGCUUGUUUUGUCACAAACUGAAAUUAGGCAAACUAUUCUAAUUUUAGUAACCAGGAAAUGGCGGAACAAUUUCUGCAUAGUGCACCUUUAAGGUACUUACUUUGCAACAUCCAUAAAGGUUUAAACUCAAUUGUAAAGGUCUACAUUUUCUAUUCUGUCAACUGCAAUUGUAAUGUAGGUCCAAGUCAAAUGUGACUCAUUCAUAUAAAGGGGUUGAAUGUCCACAACUGAGGACAGUCUAACACCAUAUCUUGGUCCUCCCCUCCUCAGGAGCCGAGCGUGUCAUCACCCUGAAGAUGGAGAUCCCGGGCUCCAUGCCCCCUCUCAUCCAGGAGAUGCUGGAGAACUCUGAGGGUCUGGAGAGCGGGGCCACAGGCUCCCGGACCAGUGGGGCCCCCCCAGGCAGCUGCAGCCCCAGCCUGUCCCCAAGUUCCGCCCAAAGCAGCCCCAGCCCCACCACGCAGUCACCGUAG